AUGCCUUCAUUCACCAAAAGCUACCACCACCGUCCCUAUCCCGCCAUCUCGCCGUCGCGGCCUGAAAUCGCAGCCGCGGCGGCAGGGAAGAAUGUUGUCGUCACAGGGGGUGGCACCGGUAUUGGUAAAGCCAUUGCCAUCGCUUUUGCACAGGCGGGCGCCCGUUCUGUGGCUAUCCUGGGCCGGCGCGCCGAACGGCUACAACAAACUGCAGCUGAGAUGAAGUCGGAGGCCGCCGCGUAUGGCAAUUCGCCCAUCAUCAUCACGGAGGUGGCGGAUCUUACGCAGCGCGACUCGGUGGACGCUGCGCUUCAAUCCAUCCAGACCAAGAUCACCACCGAAGCCGGGCCAACUUACCUCGACGUGCUUGUGUCCAAUGCUGGCAUGGCCCCUAAGACAGGAACGGUGGUGGGCUAUGACGCUGAUAUCAUGAUGAAUACCCUCGGUCUCAACGUGUUAAGCGCCUUUAACGCAGUCAAUGCGUGGGUGCCGCUGGCACCGCCGGGCGACAAAGCCGUGCUGCUGAACGUGUCAACAAUGAUGGCACACGGAACACCAGUGGCCACCAACUUCGCCUAUUCGAUCAGUAAGGCGGCUAAUCUCAAGAUGAUAGACUACUUCGCCAUUGAGAAUCCGACUAUUCACGUGGUGAGCUUUCAGCCCGGUAUUAUCAAUACGGAGCUCGGCGGCGAGGAUAGGCCUGUCUUUGUUGCCCCAGACACAACUGAGUUGCCGGGCCAGUUUUGCGUCUGGUUGUUGACGGACGAGGCGCGAUUCCUCAAGAACAAGUUUUUAUGGGCCAACUGGGAUGUCGAGGAGCUCGUGGCUCGUAAAAAUGAGGUUGUGGGGACUAGGGCACUCAUUUGGGGGGUCGAAGGAGUUCUCGUGUAA